CACUAAUCAACUCAUCAAACAACAACAGCAAGUCAUUCAUUCAUUCAUCCCCCUUUUCUUUUCUUUUCUUCUUCUUUUCUCCCCUCUUCUCUAUCUAACCACGUUGGAGUAUGUAUCGCCGCCGCAUCAAGCGACCUCCUCCUCCUACCUUUGGAGAGACCCUUGAGGAAUUAAAGUACUCCAUCGAUGAACACGGUCAUCUCAUUGACGAGUCAGGGAAACAAUACGUGUUUGAUUUGAAGGCAAAGAAUCGAGAAUAUCAGGAAGCCCAUGCUCGCGCCUUGGGAGAUGCUAUUAUGCGAAUCAUGAUCAAGCGCAUUGAGGAUGAAUGCGGAAUGGUCAAAGCAACCGUACCUGUGGAUGCCGAAGGAACUGAUACUCCAUAUGCCCACAUUUUGAUUUCGAAUGAUGCCAAAGAUUGCAAGCGUUUGCUGGUCCUUGUCGCGUCAACAAAUGAGUCUCUUGGCUCUUGGUCGCGUCGAUUGCUCGCCAAUCAUCAUGUCGAGAUUGGAUCCAUGCUUUCUGUUGUCCGUUGGGCUCGUCAAGAAGGUUUCGGUGUACUCAUAACAAAUCCCAACACCCAUUUCUGGGUCGACGGAUGCCCUUCACUGACACUCCCCAUUAAUAUAAAGAAACAAUACAAGAUGAUCCCAAACUCUGGAAGCCCUGAGGAACAUGUUGACUAUGUCCUUCGCCAAUAUGUCCAAACCUUUGCCUCGCGCGAGAUUUUCUUUAUCGCUCACAAAUAUGGCGGUCAUGCACUGAUCCAGGCUCUUCAUGAACAAUUUGAUGCAUUUAAGGAUCGUGUCUCUGCCGUUGCCGUCAUUGAUAGCUCUCAUACCAUUACUCCCUAUCCGGAAUCCAAGUUCCGGAAAUGGCUGUCACUGAAUACUGUCACGUACAUGCAAUCGGAGCAAGGAGAAAAGGGUAAGGUCGAGUUUCGAGAGAUUGUUGGCUGCAACUGUGUUAUGGCUGGAUCUCAGGAGUUUGAUUUCACGAUCGUGGAUGCGAUGCCAGACAUAUUCAAGUUCUUCCAAGCAAGAAAGGAUCGGGAUAACACCCUGGAGAAGCAUAUGAAUGAAAUCGUGCCUUUAAGAGAAGAUGAUCCUACGACUGCCAUGGUCGCGUUCGACGCGGAUGAUGGGGUUGAUGAUGAGGCUGAUGAUGAGAAUGUUGACGAAACCGUUGUCGAUGGUUAAGCAGUACUGUUCUCUUGUUGGAAAAUAAAAAAAUAAAAUAAAAUAAAAAAGCCAAUUUUAC